AACGAUGAUCAACAGGGGGUCCGAAUCCACCAGUCGCACUAAUGCAGGUUCCCCAUCCACCACGCCAACGACACAUGACAUUGUCAAUACUAUUGCCAACAGUUCAAAACACCAUCGAAUUCUCAGCCGGGCUAUUCAGAAAACAUGGAAGCCACCAACACAUAAGCUUAAUAUAGUUGCGGAUCAAAUUUCCGAGAGGCCUGCCGUUCGGAAAUAUCGUCGGGUUGUGAAGAAUCUCGACCAAGGCUGAUGGAUGGAUAUAAGGAGGUUUCUCUCCGUGUCUGCUUGGGGCUUGAGUCAAUCUUGAUCGCGAUUUCACUCGCUUUUUCGCGUAGUCGCUCGUUUUUCACAUUCUUUUGCAAUGCUUUUUCGCAAGCUGUUUUUGGCCGCGGCUGCGGUUGCUACAGUCUACGCUGGGCCAUGUAAGCCUGUGAGUUCCAGAGCAUCUGUUUCUUCGUCCGCCGACAUCAGCAUUCCUUCUUCAACUCGUUCGGUUGAAGUGUUAAAUACUGUCACUUCUGGGUCUUCUGAUACCGAGGGAGCCACUUCAUCUGUGACUAUUGGCUCCGAGACAGUCACGUCUGGGGGUUUCACCACUUUCGCUACUCAACUGUCCAACACUGGAUCUACUUCUGAAGAUGUUUCCACUUCGGCCGCUGGUGUGUCUGGUUCUCAAAGCAGUGAUUUGUUGGUAUCAAGCAGUGGGAUAGAGACUUUUGGCUCUUCGGCUGAUACUGCUGUCACUGACACCGCGACCUCCGAGGCUAUCGCGACUGGUACUACCGACAUGGAUCCAACGACCGAGCCUACUGCCUCGCUUACUGCCGAUGCUACCACUGAUACUGUUACAACUGCCGCUGAUAAGCCUACGACUAAACCUACGACUAAACCUACCGGUCGUACUACGACUAACGCUACUACAACUAAUGCUCCCAUGACUCUUCCAACAACUGACGACACAACCGGGCUUGUCACGGAACCAAUAGCUAAUGGUACUACCGAGCCUACCAGUGAUGCUACUACUGACCCUUCGACGACUCAGUACAGCACCACCCAAGUUCCUACGCUCGACUCAGGCAGUGCAAAUCGGGAGAAGCGUGGCCAGGAUGAGAUUGAGAUCCCUGAGGCGAUACCCUCUGACUGGACUGGGGCUCAAACCUCUGGCAUAUGCUCCUGUCUUGAUCUUGAAACGCCUACGACCCAUACAACAAUCACUCAGACGGUUGAACCUACGACUUUCAUAACAGCUUCUACAGAUGUUGUUACACCCAUUGAAGAAUACACCAAGAUUAUCACGACUACAUCAGUCAGUGUCUUUACUUCAACCGUCACUGAGAAGAAGACCUCGACUGUCACAGCCUGGGUUGUCGAAACCACAUUUGCUGAUAACAAUGACAUUGCUUAUCGUCGCUACACAAGCAAUUACAACGCCAACGUCUACGACGAUGGCUUCACCACCAAUUACUUCAAGACCAAGAACCCAUUGUCGUCAGGCUACAUGCAGUCUCUCCAAUUCAGCACCUGUAACACUCUCACCAUCCCCGGCAGUGGAACUUUCGAUGCUUCCCAAGCAGCCCUCGUCUUCAAUGCAUACUUCUACGCCAAAGAGACAGGAAUGUAUACUUUCUCUGUCCCUGAUACGAUUGACAACUGGGGUUAUCUUUGGGUUCGUGAUGCAGCAUAUUCUUGGAAUGUUGAUGCUUGGGCGAUUCAGGGGACGCGAACGGGGCAGAAUUCUCAGUUGUGGAAGGGGGGGUCUUAUCAGAUUCGGUUGAAUAAGGGCGAUGCUAUUCCGUUUACGUAUCUUUGGGCGAAUGGAGGUGGUUGUGCUGGGAAUGAUUUGAGUGUGAGGACGCCUAGUGGGAAGUCUAUUCCUGGUAUGGCAGGGUCGACUGUCAAGGCUUGCCAUGUUAGCAAGUUUACUUAA